AUGGGCGGAAGAUACAGAUCAACCGCGCGCAGCGAGUGGAGCACUCAAGAGGAGGGGCUGGUCAUGUGGCCAGCUGCUCCAGGCUGCAAACAGCCAGUGAGUAUACUUCCACGCUAUUCCAAGAUAUUACACUUAACAGUGACUUACCAAGCGAACUUCAGAAAGAUUGUACCUCAAACUAUAGGGACGUCCGCCUCAAAAAUGAAAGAGAACGUGUGUCGCGGCCAUGGGGUCUAUAUAUAGCGGCGGACCCCAGCCGUGACACAGGUGUACACGGGAGUAAAUCUGUAAAUCCUCACCUGGAUGUAUCCCUCCGCCGCGGAGUGAUACCAAUAUAUUGGAGUGAUCCAAUAUGGUGAAACAUAACCAACCAUUACUAUGAGCCCGUCCUCCCCAUUUAAAGUGCCACCAGCCACCACUGGUGGUAAGGCAUAGUAAUAGCAUAGUACUGUAUAUAGCAGACACUUUUAUCCAAGGCCACUUACAGUACAGUGAUAUACAUUUUAGUAUAUGUGACCAAAUCAAACCCACAACCCAAGCUUGAGCGACCGUUGUGCUUGUUUUGGGGUGUGUAUCUGUCGGGGUCCCCCUCUAGCUUGAGUGGUUCUGGAAUACCAUAAAGACACAAGUUGCUAAUCCGGUUUCAGUCACACAAAGCUACUGCUAGCUUCAGAGAAAGAGGUUUUGUUUUGAGAGAAAUAGACAAGAGGUGUCACGGGGUAGAUGAUAGAUACAGGCAUAAUGUUGCUGAGGCUGGAAUGCUUCAGUAACAUACAUGGGUUCUUAUUGGACGUUUUGAAAAUGCUGUCCACACUAGAACCAAAGAUUGAACUACACACUCAAUAACUAUUCAUUUUUUCAUUUGUGGCUGAUGUGUUAGGUAGUUGGUGCAAUACUCAGUCCAUAAGGAGGCAGCUAAUCGUGCUGUGCCCACCCUAAAAAAAAUGCUGGGUUAAAAACAACCCAAUUUGGGUUAUUUGGUAACCCUGCGCUGGGUAAAUAUUGGACAGAUACCCGCUGGGUUAUUUUGACCCAGUGAGUUGGGUUGUGUGAAAAACCCAACAAGUUGGGUUGUUGGGAUUACCCAAACAUGGGUUAAUUUAGCCAUCAGUUGGGGUUUAAUUCACUUUCAUGCUGGGUUGACCCAGCAGCAGGGUAUUUUUUAAUGUAAUCCAUACGAGGCGUGGCUUAUUAGGGUUGUGGCUUUCAUAUAGUUAUUUUUGGCCACCAGUGAGAGUAAAUUCCAUCUCUGUUCAUCAUGUUAAGUUUGUACACUGUAAAUGUUAAUUUUCCUUGAAUAUUUUUGUACAUGACAUAUUCUAAUAUGCAGUUAUUAACAUUAUUAUUUACAUAUUGUAACAAAGUGGUAAGUAUCCCAACACUGGCAUAUGCAUAGGCCCUUAAGGAACUCACUUGUAUAAGCCUCAUUAAAGCUACAAAGGUGUCAGUGUUCAACCUUAAAAUCUGAUAACAAUACAACAGAACAGAUUAACCGGAAUUACAUUUGCUGUCAAAGGGUGGCCAAAAAUAACUUCCUGAAUGCCACGCCCAACUACUAAACUACGCCUCCAGUCUUCUGAUCUGACCCGCUGUGGCAUAUCUCAAUAACCCAGCACUAGGGGUGUAAACGUUUAAACGUAAAAAAGUUUAAAUGAAAUUAAGAAAAAUCCCUAAUGGAAAAACAAUGUUUUUUUCCCCAUAAAAUUGUAAUCGCCUGCUCUAGUCUCUUCGCUAGUGUGUGUCUUCUGUCUGUUGCGUGUAGAAUAUCUUAGCAUAUUCAGUGAUGAUAGGCCCUGCUUUACUGAAGUUGCGAGACAUUGCAACCAAAGAAAUUGCGAAAUACAGCAUUCCAUUGCGAGAUACAGCUUUGAUUGCUAAUAGAUAGGCCUAGUGCACGGUUCUGACUCCGUCUGCCUGGUGGCUGACCUGCCUAUCCUGUGCCCCCCCUCCCAGUUCUGGUCGCCUAGUGAUGGACGUUAGUUCCGCUUCAGAAGCGGCAUUCCUCUACAGACAAGUAAAAUGCCCAUUCAGUGGCGCUUUGAAACUAUCUCCAGAGAAGGUACCCUUACAGGCAAACAAACAUGCGGUAGCCGAGGCGCUUUCAAGGGUAUAUGACUGCGAUAGAUAUAACUUAAUUGCCUGGCCCUAGCGGUCAUACAUACGUAAUAGGAUCAUUAUUCUGCAUUGUGAAUUGACGUAGAAUUUAAUGAUUUUUUCUUAUCGUUUUAAUGGAAAACCGAUAACAGAAAUGGCUGUUUAAACGUUAAGCAACAUUUUCCAUUUGUCACAUCGCUACCCAGUGUCACGGUUCAGACAGACGACCAGAGGACCACAAUUGCGUCACACCAGAAAGUUUAUUAAACUUAAGGGAAAAGGGAAGUAGGGAGUGAAUGAAGGCUCCAGGGGUAACAGGGAUCCCGUCCAAUGUGCUGGGUCUGUGCCCCCCCCAGUGGCAGCGAUGCGUCCUAUGAAGCCGGUGGUGGGUGGUCCAGAAGUCCUGGGGGGGGGGAGACACAGACACAACAGGGCGGAAUGAAACAAGGCAGCAGUACAGUUCAAGGGAAAUCCAAAUACGUAGUAGCAAGGCAGAAGGCUGGUCAGAGUUACCGGGAUUGAAGAGUAGUCAGGAGUCGUAAUGGCAGAAGCAGGUCUGGAUCUCCUGGGGCAGACGAGAAUCCAAAAAUCAGGCAGGUCCGGGGUCACAAAACCAGGGUGAGCCAGAAGCGCGAGCAAACAGGUUCCGGGUGUGAGCUUUGCAGACGAUCUGACACCGGAGAGCUGAAAGACAGGGCCUUAAAUACUGGGAGAGGUAGUGGGUAAUGCAGCGCAGCUGGCAGAGUAAUUAGAGCAGAGCAGAGCAGGGACAGGUGGAGCUAGUUAGGCUGAGUAGAGAGAGUGGUGAGCAGAGUGGAAGAAAAUAAGGUGGUAACCCGGUGGAGUGAGAGGCUCAUGACAGAACCCCCCCCCCAAGGGACGGCCCCAGAAGUCCCAAGAGCAACACCACGCCGGGCGGGAGGAGGGGAGCCGGAGGAGGGCUAGAACUCCUCCGAACGGUCCGAGUGAACGUCCUCAUCCUCGGAGGAAGCCGGAGGGCCGUGGUCGGGAGAUGGGACAGGUCCCGAGACAGGAUCAGGCACAGGACAGGAAGCCGAGCGGGCAGGACGGUUAGGGACCCCUCUGGGGCGGCCCCUACGGAUUGCAGGUUGAUCAGGAUGCUGUUGGUGGAAAGCGGUGAUGAGAGUCCUAUCCACAAUCCGACUAGCUGGCACCCAGGUCCUUUCCUCAGGUCCAUAGCCCUCCCAGUCAAUGAGGUACUGGAGACCCCUACCCCUCCGUCUGGACCGAAGCAGGCGGCGGACGGUGUAAACCAGACCACCCUCGACGAGCCGUGGAGGAGGAGGACAAGGCGCAGCAGGGACCAGCGGACUCUCAUGGAUGGGCUUAAUCUUAGACACAUGGAAAGUGGGGUGCACCCUCAGGGAAUUAGGCAGUUGGAGCCGGACAGCAGUUGGGCUAAUCACUCUUAUGAUAGGGAAUGGGCCAAUGAACCGAGGUGCCAGCUUCUGCGACUCCACCCUGAGUGGCAGGUUCUUCGAUGACAACCACACCCUUUGACCAACAUGGUAGGUGGGAGCAGGAAUUCUCCGACGGUUGGCCCCGGUAGUGUAGCUGGCAACGGAUCUGAGGAGUGUGGCUCGGGCUUGUGACCAGGUGCGGCGACAUCGACGGGCAAAAGCAAGUGCAGAUGGGCAAGUAACCUCCUCUUCCUGGCUGGCAAAUAGAGGAGGCUGGUAUCCAUAAACACAUUGGAAAGGGGACAUACCGAUGGCAGAGCAGGUCAGAGAAUUGUGUGCGUACUCCACCCAUGUCAAUUGCUGCGACCAGGAGUGGGGGUUGCGUGAAGUCAUGCAUCGCAGUGCCUUCUCGAGCUCCUGAUUAGCCCGCUCUGACUGCCCAUUGGAUUGGGGAUGGAAUCCGGAAGUCAGACUGACUGUGGCUCCCAGCAGGUGACAGAACUCCUUCCAAAAAGCGGAGGAGAAUUGUGGACCACGGUCAGAAACUACAUCCUUUGGCAGUCCGUGGAUCCGGAAGACGUGUUCCAGGACCACCUGGGCGGUCUCCUUGGCGGUUGGGAGCUUGGGGAGGGGAAUGAAGUGUGCCAUCUUGCUGAAACGGUCAACAAUGGUGAGAAUGACGGUCAUGCCACUUGAAGGGGGCAGCCCCGUGACAAAGUCAAGGGCGAUGUGAGACCAGGGACGUCUGGGCACAGGCAGGGGCUGCAGCAAUCCGGCUGGGGGCUGGCAGGACGACUUGUGUUGGUUGCAGAUGGGGCAGGCUUGGACGAAUUCCCGUACAUCCUUCCUCAGAGAGGGCCACCAGAACCUCUGGGCGAGCAGGUUGUAAGUGCGGGUGGAGCCAGGGUGACAAGCUAGGCGGGAGUCAUGUCCCCACUGAACGACCUGGGACCUCAGGUCUUCGGGGACAAAAAGGCGGUCAGCUGGGCAAGUGCUGGGACCUGGCUGGUUACGGAGAGCCUCCAGCACCUGUUCCUCAACAGCCCAGGUCAGAGCUGCAACGAUGCAGGGACUUGGCAGAAUCGACACAGGGUCCUUGGAGGGGGUGUCAUCCUUCUGGAAUUGACGGGAGAGGGCGUCUGGCUUGGUGUUGCGUGAUCCAGGCCGGUAUGACAGAGUGAAAUUAAACCUGGUGAAGAACAGGGCCCAGCGGGACUGCCUGGAGUUCAACCGUUUGGCCGUGCGGAUGUACUCCAAGUUCUUAUGAUCGGUCCAAACGAGAAAUGGAAUGGUGGACCCCUCCAGCCAGUGACGCCACUCCUCCAAGGCAAGCUUCACAGCCAGCAGCUCACGGUUCCCUAUGUCGUAAUUGCACUCAGAGGGGGACAACCGACGUGAGAAAAAGGCACAGGGAUGGAGCUUCCUAUCCUCCGCAGCCCACUGAGAAAUCACAGCACCAACUCCCACAUCCGAGGCGUCCACCUCCACAAUGAAUUGCCGGUCCACAUCAGGCAUCUGGAGGAUGGGAGCGGAGGUGAACCUCACCUUGAGGGUACUGAAGGCUUUGUCGGCUGCUGGGGUCCAGGUGAAGGGUUGCUUGGUGCUGGUUAGAGCAGUGAGAGGGGCAGCAACGGUACUGUAGUUCCGGAUAAACUUUCUAUAGAAGUUAGCAAACCCCAGAAACUGUUGCAGCUUCUUUCUGUUCUCCGGAACUGGCCAUGAAGUGACUGCUGAUACUUUGGCAGGAUCCAUUUGGAUACUUCCCUCUGCCACUAUGUACCCCAGGAAGGCCACUGUCUUGACGUGAAACUCACAUUUCUCUGCCUUGGCGUAGAGGGAAUUCUCCAGAAGACGAUGAAGGACUUGCUGGACAUGGCGGGUGUGUUCAGACAGGUUUCUGGAGUAGAUUAAGAUGUCAUCCAGGUAAACGAAGACAAACUUGUUUAACAUGUCCCGCAGUACAUCAUUCACUAGAGCCUGGAACACAGCAGGAGCAUUGGUGAGGCCAAAAGGCAUAACCAGAUACUCGUAGUGGCCUGUUGGUGUAUUGAAUGCGGUUUUCCAUUCAUCUCCCUCCCGGAUCCGCACUAGGUGGUAAGCGUUUCUGAGAUCCAACUUGGUAAAAACAGUGGCUCCCUGGAGCAACUCAAAAGCAGAGGUGAGCAGAGGCAGAGGGUAACGGUUUUUCACUGUGAUGUCGUUGAGUCCCCUGUAGUCGAUGCAGGGGCGAAGAGAUCCGUCCUUCUUCCCCACAAAGAAGAAGCCAGCACCAGCAGGAGAUGAAGAUGAACGGAUUAAUCCUGCGGACAGAGAGCCAUUGAUGUAGUCCUCCAUGGACUUUCUUUCAGGAGCAGACAACGAAUAAAGACGACCCUUUGGAGGGGCUGUUCCAGGGAGGAGGUCGAUGGCACAGUCGUACGGUCGGUGAGGGGGCAGAGAUGUGGCUCUUGCUUUGUUAAACACCUCUCUCAGACCAUGGUAGCAUUCUGGGACAUUGGAGAGGUCAGGAGCGGAGUUAGUAGGUACUGGCCGAGGGGGUAGUGCGGCAGCAAGCAGGCAGGUUCGGUGGCAGUCCUCUCCCCACUCCCUGAUCACCCCGGUCACCCAGUCGAGCUGAGGGUUGUGCCGGCGGAGCCAUGGGUAACCCAGGAUGAGGGGUUGGCCUGGAGAGGGGAGCAGGUGAAACUGGAUAGUUUCUUGAUGGUUUCCGGACAGACCCAUCGAGACCGGGGCCGUGACAUGAGUGACCGAUCCGAGUAAGUGUCCGUCCAGUGCCCGGGCAGGAAUAGGAGGUGUCAAACGGAGGUUCUCCAGUCCCAGUUGGCGUGCCAGCUUGAUGUCCAUUAUGUUGGCUUCGGCGCCAGAAUCCACCAGAGCAGCCAGGGUGUGAGUUGAGUCAGAGAGGCGGAGGUGAACUUGCAGCAGGGGUUUGCGGUCGGAGGACUGGAUGGUCAUUGAACUCAACCGGACUCCCCCUAUGCCCGGUGAGCUUCGGCCCUUUAAAGGGCAGGUUACCACACGAUGUCCAUCACCUCCACAAUAGAGGCAGAGGUUUGAGGUGAAGCGUCGCUGGCGCUCUGCAGGAGUGAGAGAGGCUCGCCCAAUCUCCAUAGGCUCAGACUGAUCAAGCUGACCUGGGUGAGUGGCAGUAGAUGACAGGAGCCCAGUCGGAUCUCUCCGAAUGCCGGUAGUAGGUGGACCUUGGCGCCCCCUCUCACGACGACGGGUCUGUAUCCUUCUGUCGAUCCUGACAGUUAGUGCGAUGGCUUCAUCAAGAGUGGAAGGCAGUUCAUGGGAGACCAACUCGUCCUUGAUAUAGUCAGCCAAACUAUGGAAGAACGCGUCCACCAACGAUGGUGUGUUCCAAGAACUUCGUCUAGCCAGGGUUCGGAAGUCGAUGGAAUGGUCUGCGACUGUACGUCUGCCUUGUCGAAUACUGAACAGUUCACGAGACGCCUCUGCGGUUGGUGAAUCCAGGUCAAACACCUUCAGCAUCUCCUCAGCAAACAGGUCGAAGGUUGCACAUGCGGGGGUUUGACGUUCGAACUCUGCUGUUCCCCAGAGUCGAGCUCGGCCCGUCAGGUGAGUGAUGGCAUACCCAACUUUAGCCCCCUCCGUGGCGAAGGUCCUUGGCUGCAAGGAGAACUGAAGUCGGCAGCUAGUCAGGAAUGGCCGGACCUGGGUUGAAUCGCCGUUAAAACCGCUCGGGGUUUCCAAUCUUGGGUUCCGGAGCAGCGGCUGCAAUGACCGGGGCAGGUAACUCGGGGGCAGGGCUGGUGGGCAGACUGGCUGGGGUCAGGUUGGUGAGGAGUUGAAUGAUCAUGGCGAGUUGUUGUUGCUGCUGCUGGAACUGCUGCUCAUGCUCAUCGGUUUCCAUGUCGGGGAAAGUGUGCGCUGAGUCCAUAAUGGUCAGAUCGUACUGUCACGGUUCAGACAGACGACCAGAGGACCACAAUUGCGUCACACCAGAAAGUUUAUUAAACUUAAGGGAAAAGGGAAGUAGGGAGUGAAUGAAGGCUCCAGGGGUAACAGGGAUCCCGUCCAAUGUGCUGGGUCUGUGCCCCCCCCAGUGGCAGCGAUGCGUCCUAUGAAGCCGGUGGUGGGUGGUCCAGAAGUCCUGGGGGGGGGGAGACACAGACACAACAGGGCGGAAUGAAACAAGGCAGCAGUACAGUUCAAGGGAAAUCCAAAUACGUAGUAGCAAGGCAGAAGGCUGGUCAGAGUUACCGGGAUUGAAGAGUAGUCAGGAGUCGUAAUGGCAGAAGCAGGUCUGGAUCUCCUGGGGCAGACGAGAAUCCAAAAAUCAGGCAGGUCCGGGGUCACAAAACCAGGGUGAGCCAGAAGCGCGAGCAAACAGGUUCCGGGUGUGAGCUUUGCAGACGAUCUGACACCGGAGAGCUGAAAGACAGGGCCUUAAAUACUGGGAGAGGUAGUGGGUAAUGCAGCGCAGCUGGCAGAGUAAUUAGAGCAGAGCAGAGCAGGGACAGGUGGAGCUAGUUAGGCUGAGUAGAGAGAGUGGUGAGCAGAGUGGAAGAAAAUAAGGUGGUAACCCGGUGGAGUGAGAGGCUCAUGACACCCAGCAUCAAUAGCCCAGCAUCAACAACCCAACCCUGCUCUUUUUAAAGAAAACAACCCAACUAAGUGACCGAAUGCCUGCAACCCAGCAGUUGGGUCAUCCAAACAACCCAGCUUUUUUUAGAGUGCAGACUGUUGUGGCUGUUUCCAUCAGGUGGGUCAAGUUUCCAGUUCAGUUAAUUAAACAGUUGAAUGUAAGGCUGUGGGUAAUGAGAAACCUAUGGUAGUCUUGUGCUAGGGGGAUCUACACGCAAUAAACCCCAUUCACCUUUCUGCUCUCUGUCUCAAAUACCUUUUACUCUGCCACUAUAAAGUGUCAGUUCCUUUAAUUAAAACUGUAAUUGCAGGAUUACUAGCUGUUUUGUAGUGAGAGUUAGAAAGGUUCAGGGGUCCUUGGUGCCCAAUGGAACCAAGAAGAAAAGCUGCUUUUUGUGUCUCAUAGCCACAAUGAACAAAACAGCCCAAUAGGAGCUUUGCUCUCCUUUGUUGAUCACAGAGACUGUAAACUUGAGACUUGUGAUAUGCCGUGCCAAUAGGUUUGGUCACUCACUCGUGUGUGUGUGGUGUGUGUUUGUGUGUGUGUGUGUGUGUGUGUGUGUGUGUGUGUGUGUGUGCUGAGAUCAGUUUGUCCAGCAGUAAGGGGAGAGCCUGUUUGGAGAGUGGUGUGUGUGCAUGUUUCCCAGUGUAUUCCCUGUCAGCUUGUUUUCUACUGUGGGGUGUGCAGGUGCAGGGCACAGCUGUAGGAUGGGCCCAGAGCCUACAGGCCAAUGGCAUGAUUCAUAUUUCUCCUCUCUCCUCCCCUCCUCUCCUCUCCUCCUCUCCUCUCCUCUCCUCCGCCUCUCACACUCAGACAGAGGUUGUUAAGGGAAUAGUGUUUGAUCUGGAGCUUCACCAGCACUCUGCUCAACCAAAUUGGAGAGAGAGAGAGAGAGAACUGAUUCAUUUCAGGAAGGAGAGGGAGUGAUAGAGAGAGAGAGAUUUAGUUUCUGGUGUUUAUAGGGUGUAUGGUGUUUACUAUGAACCAUAGAUGGCAGGUGUGGUAUGGCAAUGACACACACUCAUACAGAGAGAGGGAGAAAGAGGAAAUAGACUGUGCCCCAAUGAGAACUCAAGAUGGUGUGUUUGACCUUUGUGAAGACAUGGAGAGGCUUCGCCACACACUUGGAGUGCAGCGCUUAUACCAGGGGUUUGAAUGCGGGGUGUUGUUGAGUGGACUGUUCCACACUGAUGUCAGGCCCAUUGUUUAGUCAUAGAAUUUGUAGAUGAGGAUUAACCACCCCCUCCAUCCCUCCUUCCCUGCUGCACUCCUUCUUCCUAUUUACUCCCAAAGACUUUUAAGUAUCUCACCUUACAUCACCCUCUUUGUAUAAGCACACAGCACAGGGUCACACGGCGCCCCAUAGACACUCCACUGUAAGCCAAGUGCUUCUCUCAAUGUGUCACAAUUGGCUUAGGUUUCAGAGUGGAUGUACAUGGAAAUGCAGGGGUAUUUGUUUUCCUCCGUGCUCCGCUCGGCCGAAUUCCUCCUCUCACCGAGGAUUAGUCCCAGUCAGAAUCGUAUUCCUAUUGAGUGAAUUUCAACUGCUGAGUGGUGACAGUUUUGGAGGCAGGCCAAUAAGUGUGAUGAACUUUCUCUUCAUGGUCUGCUCCUUGUUGUUAUCGCCAAGCUGUGAAAGCACUGUGUUCAAUGACCUCUUUACAACCAAGCAGCUCAUUAUUAGAAACCUUUAACAAACUAUUUCAAACUUGUUUAGUUCAUAUGUAAAUGUAAUAAUGGUGAAAAGAUAUAUAACAGGAAAUGCUCAUGUAAAUAAAAAUGACAUCAGUGUGUGGAAACAUUGCCUUGUUUUCCCUAACCUAUCCCGUCCCCACUGUCCCCAGGUGACAGUGACCACCAUUGGCUACGGGGACAAGAUUCCUCAGACGUGGAUAGGGAAGUGCAUCGCCUCCUGCUUCAGCGUCUUCGCCAUCUCCUUCUUCGCUCUGCCUGCAGUAAUUACCCCUCAUCUUCCUCCUCUUCUUCCACAAUAAACUAAAUAGCAUAAUGUGUACAUAAUUCAUAAUACACAUUGCCUUCCAUCAAUACUGUGUUGUUUGGUGAGUAACCCAGUUAGUCCUCUGAGGGGAAGCCUCAGUGUGCAGCUCCAGGUCCUCCUGUGGUUUCACAGUGUCAUGAUGCCUUUCUCUCUCUCUCUGUCUCUCUAUCUCUCUCUCUCUCUCCAGGGUAUACUGGGCUCGGGCUUUGCUCUGAAGGUGCAGCAGAAACAGAGACAGAAACAUUUCAACAGACAGAUCCCGGCUGCAGCCUCACUAAUCCAGGUACUGACAGUCAGACAGACUGACAGACAGACAGACAGACAGACAGACAGACAGACAGACAGACAGACAGACAGACACCAGUCAAUCACUCACUCUGUCCUGUCUGGGAUCUCAACAGCUGUGUAUAGGAGAGAAUAUGUAUAGGAAUGAGUGUGUAGAUAGAGCUUAAACACAGUGAUGACACAGGAUGUACUGUAGGCCGCUAAACCUCUCUAGGACCAGGUCUGGUCUGGUCUGACGCACGCCAUCUUUGAUUCAGUACUUUACUCAUGUAACAACUCCAGGCCAGGAUGUCAGAGAGGUUGAAUUAAAACAUGUCCAAGACCACUAAAUCUCCUGAAUUCUUUAAAUAACACAUUUGUUCCCUCCAGAUCUUGCCAAUGUAAGCUUAAAAAAAACAAAUAAAAGGAGUAGCAGUGUUUGUAGUCUGCACAUGUCCUGGAAAAGGUGAGCUGUCCUGUCCUGUUCUCUCCCAGACAGAGACGACAGGCAAAUAGCAGCCAGUUUAUUCACCAAGAGCUGGCCAUCACAAGGAUCACAUUGACUCUGAACAUACAAAGAAGCCCACAGCUGCAUUUACAUAGAGACUCCUUAUUGUGGUGACAUUUAAGAAACGUAGAGACACUGAAUUUACAUGAUGAUGAUGAUGAUGACGGUGCAGAGCUAAAAAUGGACUGGCUAUAUGAAUGGGUAUAUGAAUGGUUAUAUGCAGUGGUGGAAAAAGUACCCAUGUCACACCCUGGUGCUGGGACUCAUUAUUGUUUAUCCAGGGUGUGUGCAGUCUAUGUGUUUAUGUUCUAGGUUGGGUGUCUAGGUUGUUGUUUUUCUAGGUUUGUUCAAUGACUCCCAAUCGGAGGUAACGAGUGUCAGCUGUUCGGCUCGUUAUCUCUGAUUGGGAGCCAUAUUUAUUCUGUAUGUUUUCCUGUGGGGUUUGUGGGUUUUUGUUUCCUUGUUGCUGUCUGUAUCAGUAGUGGAACUUCACGUAUCGUAUUUUGUUGUUUUCUUCGUGGUUGCUUUUAUUAAUAAAGUCAUCAUGUUUCUCGGAACACGCGCUGCGCGUUGGUCUCAUCCUUCACACGAUCGUGACAGAAAAACCCACCACAACAAGACCAAGCAGCGUGUGAAGCGGCAACAGGACCCAGCCAUAAAGGAUUCAUGGACAUGGGAGGAGAUUCUGGAUGGUAAGGGGCCUUGGGCACAACCGGGAGAGUAUCGCCGUCCUCGUGAAGAGCUGGAGGCAGCUAAAGCCGAGAGGCGGCGAUAUGAGGAGGCAGCACGGAGGCAAGACUGGAAGCCUGUGGGUACUACCCAAGAAUUUCUUGGGGGGGGGCUAAGAGGGAGUGUGGCGAAGUCAGGUAGGAGACCUGCGCCUACUCCCUGGACUGACCGUGGAGAGCGAGAGUACGGGCAGACACCGUGUUACGCAGUUGAGCGCAUGGUGUCUCCUGUACGCAGGCAUAGCCCGGUUCGGUACAGUCCAGCUCCACGUAUCGGCCGGGCCAGAUUGAGUGUUGAGCCGGAUGUCAUGAAGCCGGUCCCACGCAUCAGACCACCAGUGCGUCUUCUCGGGCCGGCGUACAUGGCACCAGCCUUACGCAUGGUGUUCCCGGUUCGCCCACAUAGGCCGGUGCGGGUUAGUCCACCUCCCCGUACUGGUCGGGCGACGGGGAGCAUCAAGCCGGGUAAGGUUGGGCAGGCUCAGUGCUCAAGGGGGCCAGUACGCCUGCACGGUCCGGUGUUUCCGGCGCCACCUCCCCGCUCCAGCCCAGUACCACCAGUACCUACACCACGCACCAGGUUUCCAGUGCGUCUUCAGAGCCCUGUGUCUCCUCCACGCACUGGCUCUAUGGUGCGUGUCUCCAGCCCUUUACCACCAGUGCAGACACCACGCACCAAGCCUCCUGUGUGUCCCCCGAGUCCUGUGCGUCCUGUUGUUGCUCUCCGCACUAGCCCUGAGAUGCGUGUCCUCAGCCCGGUACCUCCAGUUCCGGCACCACACAUCAGGCCUACGGUGCGUCCCCAGGGCCAAGCAUGCCCUGUUGCUUCUCCCCGCACUAGCCCUGUGAUGCGUGUCCUCAGCCCGGUACCUCCAGUUCCGGCACCACGCAACAGGCCUACGGUGCGCCUCAGACGGCCAGAGUCUGCCGUCUGCCCAACGGGGCCUGAACUGUCCGUCUGCCCAACGGGGCCUGAACUGUCCGUCUGCCCAACGCCGUCUGAACUGUCCGUCUGCCCAACGCCGUCUGAACUGCCCGUCUGCCCAACGGCGCCUGAACUGCCCGUCUGCCCAACGCCGUCUGAACUGUCCGUCUGCCAAGCGCCGCAGGAGCUGCCCGUCUGCCAUGAGCCUGCAAAGCCGCCCGUCUGCCAUGAGCCUACAGAGCCGUCCGCCAGACCGGAGCCGCUAGAGCUCUCCGCCAGACAGGAGCAGCCAGAGCCUUCCGCCAGACAGGAUCAGCCAGAGCCUUCCGCCAGACAGGAUCAGCCAGAGCCUUCCGCCAGACAGGAUCAGCCAGAGCCUUCCGCCAGACAGGAUCAGCCAGAGCCGUCCAGCCGGGAUCCGCCAGAGCCGUCCAGCCGGGAUCCGCCAGAGCCGUCCAGCCGGGAUCCGCCAGAGCCGUCCAGCCGGGAUCCGCCAGAGCCGUCCAGCCGGGAUCCGCCAGAGCCGUCCAGCCGGGAUCCGCCAGAGCCGACCAGCCAGGAUUCGCCAUUCAGCCUGGUACUGCCCCUUAGUCCGGUACUGCCCCUUAGUCCGGUACUGCCCCUUAGUCAGGUGCUGCCCCUUAAACCGGUGGGGGUCAUUUGGAGGAGGCUACAUAAGCGGGAAGUGACUAUGGUGGGGUGGUGGUCUAGGCCGGAGCCAGAACCGCCACCGAGGAGGUAUGCCCGCCCAGCCCUCCCCUGUUUGGGGGUUUUGAGGCGCGGUCGCAGUCCGCGCCUUUAGGGGGGGGGUACUGUCACACCCUGGUGCUGGGACUCAUUAUUGUUUAUCCAGGGUGUGUGCAGUCUAUGUGUUUAUGUUCUAGGUUGGGUGUCUAGGUUGUUGUUUUUCUAGGUUUGUUCAAUGACUCCCAAUCGGAGGUAACGAGUGUCAGCUGUUCGGCUCGUUAUCUCUGAUUGGGAGCCAUAUUUAUUCUGUAUGUUUUCCUGUGGGGUUUGUGGGUUUUUGUUUCCUUGUUGCUGACUGUAUCAGUAGUGGAACUUCACGUAUCGUAUUUUGUUGUUUUCUUCGUGGUUGCUUUUAUUAAUAAAGUCAUCAUGUUUCUCGGAACACGCGCUGCGCGUUGGUCUCAUCCUUCACACGAUCGUGACAACCCAAUUGUCAUACUUGAGUAGAAGUAAAGAUACCUUAAUAGAAAAUGACAUAAGUAAAAGUGAAAGUCACCCAGUAAAAUACUACUUACAUUUACAUUUCAGUCAUUUAGCAGACGCUCUUUUCCAGAGCGACUUACAGUUAGUGAGUGCAUACAUUAUUUUAUUUGUUUAUACUGGCCCCCUGUGGGAAUCGAACCCACAACCCUGGCGUUGCAAACGCCAUGCUCUACCAACUGAGCUACAUCCCUACUUGAAUAAAAGUAUUUUGUUUUAAAUAUACUUAAGUACCAAAAGUAAAUGUAAUUGCUAAAAUAUACCUAAGUAUCAAAAGUAAAAGUAUAAAUAAUUUCAAAUUCCUUAUAUAAGUAAUGUAAUUAAGCAAAUUUACGGAUAGCCAGGGGCACACGCCAACACUCAGACAUCAUUUACAAACGAAGCAUUUGUAUUUAGUGAGUCCGCCAGAUCAGAGGCAGUAGGGAUGACCAGGGAUGUUCUCUUGGUAAGUGCGUGAAUUGGACCAUUUUCCUGUCCUGCUAAGCAUUCAAAAUGUAACAUACUUUUGGGUGUCAGGGAAAAUAUAUGGAGUAAAAAGUACAUUAUUUUCUUUAGGAAUGUAGUGAAGUAAAAGUAAAAGUUGUCAAAAAUAUGAAUAGUAAAUUAAAGUACAGAUACCCCCAAAAAACGACUUAAGUAGCACUUUAAAGUAUUUUUACUUAAGUACUUUACACCAUUUGUGAUAUGAAUGGCUAUAUGAAUGGCUAUUGGAUUUUUCACAAAAAAAUGUCAGGUUGAAGUUGUGAAACCAGGAAUCUACUUCAGAGGGAAGAGUUGUCUCUGUCAGAGCACAGUGUUGGCCUUAAACACUGAUCCAAGGUCAAUUUAGCUGUUGUCCACCUAAUGGUUGUUAGGACAGGUCUGAUCCUAGAUCUGUGCCUAAGGGCAGCUUCUACUCAGAGCUGAGAUAAUGUUCAGGUGAUCAGCUCACCCUCUGGGUUUACCCUGGGUAAAUAUGAUAGGAUUCAAACACUUAUCACACUGGUUCACAGUUUGUCCAUCCUCUUCCUCAGACGCUGUGGCGCUGCUAUGCAGCAGAGAAACCAGAAGGCUGUCCCGCCACCUGGAAGAUGUAUGUCCUCACCGGAGACUACAUUCCCACCAUUAACUCUGAAAACAACAACCCAAACCUCAGAAACAAGGUAAACACUACAUCACUUCUUCAGUUAUAACAAACACAAUACUGCAAGUCUAUACACACUUUUUACACAUUUAUCCCUGUUCAGAGAAGCAACCGUUUGCCUCUGCGUUCUACUGAUGCACUAUAACUGCAUUGUCAAUCAACAGCUAAUAUAUCUGGUCAACCUGUCUCUUGGAGAGCUUGCAUCCUGUCUCAAUUCCCAGAGGAGAUGUCAGAAAGAGAGCUGCCCUCAGGAAAAAGCUGUUUGGUGGUGAUAUGAGCCUUCCAUCUGGCUGACAGACAGACGGACAUAUAGUAUUAUACCCUUUGACAGUGUGGUUUUUACCUUUGAGAACUACAUUAGCUAUGUGGUGGUGCUUAGAGCAUGGAUCUACGAAAGAACAAGUUAAGCCCCCCACCCACUCCCUUUCACCAUCUCAACCCCCCGUAUCCCCUACCGCUCGAGGCAAGAGCCAGUGAGCCCCCCAGGAUGAUUCCGGGCCUUUGUCUCCCCCACACAAAGACACAGUCAGUUGAGAUGAUGUCACUGCCGCCUUUCUCAUGGGAGGAAACCUUUGUGUUGGAAGAACAACAACAAAAAAUUCUUUGUUUAGCAUUGAACCCACACAUAUUGGGGAGAGUGAAGGGUGCUUCCGUCCCUUUCUGUUUCGGCUUAUGACUUCUCCUUCUCUCUCUCUCUCUCUCUCUCUCUCUCUCUCUCUCUCUCUCUCUCUCUCUCUCUCUCUCUCUCUCUCUCUCUCUCUCUCUCUCUCUCUCUCUCUCUCUCCUCUAUCCCUCUCCCCUCUGUCUCUCUCCUCUAUCCCUCUCCCCUCUGUUCCUAAUGAGUCAUUCAGGAUUCAGACCCAUUCUAGUAUUUGGACAGGACUGUGGGCCAGUGUCAAUGCCAGGAGACUGUGUGUGUCACUGAGUAAAAAUCAUUACGUUUCUAUAAAGCAGUCAGUCAGUGACGUGCCGCGGUGCUGCCUCUAGGAGUUGGAGUGGAGCACAAUGAAGGUCCCGGGGAAUUCAGAGACUCAAAGAGUGUUGACCUCAGUUAAACCAGCACAGAUUAGGAGACAUGGCCUUAAUCACCAUGCUAUAGUGCAGGGAGAUUUGACUAACACAUUGAAAUGUCAGAAGUCUGUUAUUUGAAGAGGUUUAAGGGUGCACAAAUCAUUGCUUACAAAACAGAUACUGAGGUCUCGGUGUUCUGAAUGGUUAGCAUCAAAGUUUACUGGUUAGUAUAUGCCAUGUUAGAAAAUAGCAAAUGAGGAAUGAACGACAAGUUAUAGUGCUAACCCCCCCCCCCCCCCCCCCCAAAAAAAACAAACUUGUCUAACAUAUGGAGGUAGGGAUUGGCCACAUGUGACCUUUGACCUCACCUGUCCAUUCCAACAGGAGUACAAAACCUGACUAGGAAAACUCCUGGCCCUGAGUAUAACCGAUGCUGAGUUUAUGUUCAGGACAGCCCUGGUGAUGCUUUCUUGUGUCUGUCUCUGUCUUGUCCUCAGAACAAGCGCACCAAGAGGAAACUAAAGAUGGUUCGUGACAACGGCUCCAUGACCAUCCUUGGAGGGAGGAACAUGUCCAUUCCUCAGAUCACCUUCGACCACAUCGAAGAUAACGACGAGAAGAAAGAGGUCUUUCUAGAAGAACCCCCAGGUAUAUAACAGAAGAAAAACACGAAGCAGAUUUAACUUCUUUAGGGAAACAGCCCUAAUGUUGGAAACAUACAUCAUUAUGUUGUCUUCCAGAGUCACAUACAUUUUUUUCCAAGCUAUAGCUCAUGCUAUUUCACAUACAGCAAGUUUUUAAAGGACCAAAGAGGUUUGGUCUGCUUUGUGUUUUAAUUUUUGCCAUGGAAAAAAUAUUGUGAUACUGGUAUCGUCCUGGCCCUAGUUUCUGUACAUAGACAGUUGGUCAUCUUACAGAUUCUCCUAUUGCUUGGCUUCAAGUGAAGAUAGAUACUGCCAUACUGGGCAUAUCUGAACACAUUAUGUGUAAAGUGGUAUAGGUAAUGAGCUCAUUGGCAUUAGAAUUAAGCAAUAAGGCCGAAAGGAGUGUGGUAUAUGCCCAAUAUACCACGGCUAAGGGCUGUUCUUACGCACGACGCAACGCGGAGUGCCUGGACACAGCCCUUAGCCGUGGUAUAUUGGCCAUAUAUCACAAACUCCUGAGGUGCCUUAUUGCUAUUAUAAACUGUUUACCAACGUAAUUAGUGCAGUAAAAAUAAAUGUUUUGUCUUACCUGUGGUAUACGGUCUAAUAUACCACGGCUGUCAGCCAAUAAGCAUUCAGGGCUCAAACCACCCAGUUUAUAAUGUGUAAUAUGUAGUGGUUUGUUUUAAGAGGAACACAUAGACUACUUGAACCAGCAUAUACAAUAACAGUGCUUUCUAGGAACUGUUAA